CCCCACCUUGCGCCCCACUUUCAUCACGCUCGCAUACGACAACCGGGGUGGAGCCCGCUGUCGUACUCGCAGGGCAGGACCACACCAUCACGAGGGAGGUUAUUUGCCAGGACAGCGCGGGAUUUAUUCACGGUGCCGAAAUGGAAUGGAUGCGGAGCGCCGUUUUCGGCGAGGACACCCCAUCACCUGUCAGGGUUAUUACGAGGCUGUUACGGCGGGCGGCGAGGAGAAAGAGGACAGCGAUGAUGCAGGAACACAUCGCGAGAUGCAUCCAGGGCGCAAAAGAUGACGACCCCUUCCUACAAAAUCUUAGGGUUUACGUGCGGAGCCAAAUCGCGAGCGGUCUUCGCGGAGACCUAGACGGCGUCAAGAAAAAGGUGUGGGAGAGGGUGGACCCCCUCUUCUUCGAGGGGCGUAGACGCUGGCUCGGCCCGCUUUGGAAGAAGGUCAAAGAUCUUCCCCCGACCACGCGCUUGAUACCCGACGCUUGGAAUGGCCACGUUGACGGAGUCGCCGCCUUAGAACACCGCAAGGCUGAUACUAAGGCGGCGACUGCGUUCACCUUGACCCGCUUUGCUGGCUGGGAGGGUAGACUCCGGGCGUGGAUAAGUCAGCCGGAAGUAUUGGAGGCAGGGUUGCAAGACUACCAGGAAGAGAGGGCGUUGCACUACCUAUCCUGCAUCAUCAAUCACGUGGAGGAAGUGGGUUGAUACAGUAGUCAGCUAGCGAGUGAGGCAUUUGUGGAAGGGCUUGCGUGUCAUCUCCGCAUCCGUGUAUGAACAAGUCAAAACUUCCAUCCUCCUGGAUCUGCACGCUCCUGCGGUGAUUGCAGGUUUGAGAGAGCGCGCCGUGUGUUUAUUUCUGGUAGGAAUGAGUGUGUUGCAGCUACCACCAAUUCCUGGCGCUCGGGUCUUGAAUCAACCAUCCGAUUUCAUCUUGUUAAUGUGUAUUCCACGGCCAAGUAGCUGAGGUACUCUCCCCAUGCCCGCGCUCCU